AUGGAAGCAGUUGUGCAGCUUUCCAACCCCACUACGCCGCUUGAGGCCAGCCGCUGGCACUCGACGAUGGCCGUCGACAUCAACGGCGCUGCGCCUGGCGCGGUCAACGGCGACUCCACACAGACCCCACCCACAGCCGCAAACGGCGCUGCGAAAGACGGCGCGCAAAAGCCUGAUGGGCAAGACACGGGGAAUGUGUCGGGCAUCGUGCCUGUGCUGCAGAACGUCGUGGCCACCGUCAACCUCGACUGCCGUCUCGAUCUCAAGACCAUCGCGCUCCAUGCCCGCAACGCCGAAUACAACCCCAAGCGUUUCGCUGCGGUCAUCAUGCGUAUUCGUGAGCCCAAGACUACCGCCUUGAUCUUUGCGAGUGGCAAGAUGGUUGUGACGGGCGCCAAGUCCGAGGACGACAGCAAACUCGCCGCACGAAAGUACGCGCGAAUCAUCCAGAAGCUGGGCUUCGCCGCCCGCUUCACGGAUUUCAAGAUCCAAAACAUCGUCGGCUCUUGCGACGUCAAGUUCCCCAUCCGCCUCGAAGGCCUCGCCAGCCGGCAUCACAUGUUCAGCUCCUACGAGCCCGAACUCUUCCCCGGUCUCAUCUACCGCAUGAUGAAGCCCAAGAUUGUCCUGCUCAUCUUCGUCUCCGGCAAGAUCGUGCUCACCGGCGCGAAAGUCCGUGAGGAGAUCUACCAGGCUUUCAACCUCGUGUAUCCCGUGCUUGCGGACUUCCGGAAAGCGUAA